AUGAGAGCAGCAAUGUCAUUGCAGACCAAAUGGGUUCACCAGGGACAAGCGGAUAGGCCUUCGGGGGUGGCGCUUAUGAUCGGGUCAGAUCAAGCUAAUCGGAUUCGGAUUCUUUACAUAAUUCGGGUCAAGUUUAACCGUUUAGGGAGGCUCCUAACUCAGAAUCUUAACCCAAGUGGUUUGGAAGGGGAGGGGAGGGGAGAUUUAAUUGGAGUUCGAACCUGA